CUUACCCUCUAUCCCAAACCACAAACCAAAAGCACCGUCUUCUUCCUUUCCCGCCGACUCGGGAGGCUUACCAAGCCCAAAAUGGCGACCAUGCCGAGCCAUAGCUUCUGGCACUUGACCACCACCCGCCCAUGGCUCGGAGCUCUUCGCACCUCAUCAACCCUGGCCUCUUUAUCCUCUUCGUCUCUCGCUGAUGACUCGCAACAGCCCAGCGCCACAGAGCCCAGUCAGCCCAACAAGUCAUACUUCCCGAAGCGAGGGCAGACCUUGGAGCUGGUGUGCGAGUCCCUGGCUUUCAAGGGGAAGGGUCUGUGCAAGGUGGCGGACACCGGGUUCGUUGUCAUGUGCGACCGUGCACUCCCCGGUGAGCGAUUCAUUGGGCGCAUCACUCGCAAGAAGGGGAACUAUGCUGAGGUGAGUAAGGUAAAGACAAUAUCUCCACACUGGGACUUUGUGGAUGCCCCUUGCGAGUAUGCUUCUUAUUGUGGAGGAUGUAAAACGCAAAACCUCUCUUAUGAGGCUCAGGUUAGAGCCAAGGAACAACAAGUCUGUGAGUUGGUGAUACAUGUUGGCAAGUUUUCAAGUAAGGAAUUGGAAUCUCUUAAUGUCAUGAAGCCAAUUGUUCCCUGUGAUAUCCAGUUCCAUUAUAGGAACAAGAUGGAAUUCUCCUUUGGAUCUCAAGAAUGGUUACCUAGAGGAUCCUUAUCAGAGAAACAAGAUAGUAAUGGGAGCUCUGCACUUGGACUGCAUGCUCCUGGCUUUUUUGAUAAGGUUCUGAAUGUCAACAAGUGCUUACUGCAAAGUGAGCCAGCGAAUAUGGUUCUUGCAGCUAUCCAAGAUUGUUGGAGAGAUCCGCAACUAGGACUUUCUGCUUAUGAUGUUCAUUCUCAUGCUGGAUUUCUUAAGCAUCUAGUACUAAGAUCUGGAAGGGAUGUGAAGACUGGUCUGCCUGAACUUAUGGUUAAUUUUGUGACCUCGUCUUACAAGCCAGGGCUGAUGAAGCCUCUAGUUGAGAAAAUUUUAUCCAUUCCUGAAGUGGUAAGUGUGAUGAAUAAUGUAAAUACCUCUAUUGGUAACACAUCAGUUGGGGAGAAGGAAUACACUCUGUAUGGGAAACCUACCAUCACAGAGAUCUUAAGGGGCCUUACGUUUCAAAUAUCAGCCAACUCUUUCUUCCAGACAAACACUCAGCAGGCAGAGGUUUUGUAUAGACUCAUAGAAGAUUGUGCUGGUCUAAGAGGGGAUGGAUCAGAAAUUGUCCUCGACCUGUUUUGUGGGACUGGCACCAUUGGUCUGACUCUUGCCAAAAAGGUCAGACACGUUUACGGAUUUGAAGUAGUUGCUCAAGCCAUUGCAGAUGCUUGCUUGAAUGCCAAGCUGAAUGGUAUCAACAAUGCAACAUUUGUCCAAGGGGAUCUUAAUAAAAUUGAUGAAAGUUUCGGCAACAAUUUUCCUAAGCCUGACAUUGUCAUAACAGAUCCAAACCGUCCAGGCAUGCACAUGAAGUUGAUUAAAUUUCUGCUAAAGCUCAAGGCACCGCGCAUAGUUUAUGUAUCAUGUAAUCCUGCCACAUGUGCGCGUGACCUUGAUUAUCUAUGUCACGGCGCGAGAGAGCAAAAUAUAAAAGGUUGUUACACGCUAAAGAGACUACAACCUGUAGACAUGUUCCCGCACACUCCUCAUAUUGAAUGCAUUUGCCUGCUGGAGCUUUGCUGAUCCCCAGUUGUAACCCUGGUUUUCAGUAGUUUGUAGGCAUUCAGUUGCCCUCUAUGAUAUUUGAUUCUUUGUUUACUACUCUGUUAUUCAGAUUAAAUUGGCUUAUGUUCCCGCACACACUUUUUUU